AUGGCCCCCUAUUCAACUAGUGAAGCUCCGACUCUUUCCAUCUGCAUUCCCGACCCGACCGAUACUCAAUUCAGGUACACUGCACUUCAAGAGGUAUCCGACGAGACAAGUACGCAAUGCGCCUUCUGCGCUAUCAAGGGCUUCGCUACCCAUUGCGUGGUCCUCGAUGGUGAUCGGCGAACCCUUGGCACUCGCCCCUCGGUGACGCGGUUGGUGGGACCUCCUCCGCCCCUCAGAUUCUGUCACGGUCUGGACCGAACAUGCCCAGCGGCCACUGGGUCCCCGAAAGACGUCAUCGCCCACCUCUUUGAUCUGUCGAUCCCACAUCGCCAAACUCUCUCCCUCUCUCUCCUGUUGGGCCCAUUGCACAUGCCGAUGACUCGGAUCAACAGACUUCGUCUGGCCCGUAUUGAUGUCAAUUUUUGAAU